AUGAAAAAAUAUCUGGUGCUACUAUGUUUGCUCAUUUUUUCCGCUGGCCGUUUAUCGGUCGAGGCGAUACGAAAAAAUGAUUUAAGGAGGAGCUUAAAAGGAGGGAACCGAAAUAAUGAGGAUCACCAGAAGAGGAAGAACCUACUGAACUUUGAAAUUAUGCGAGACAAAAGCAGUGUGUCAAACAUAGAACUAAAUUCAUCCACCCUUUUUAACAUAUUAGCAUCAACGAGAUUAAUGCAAAAUUCAGCGAGCGGCCCUUCACAGCCCCUAAUUUACAGAUACGUACACAAUAUUCACGACCACAAUGAAAACAAUGGCGCUGUCUUGGUUUUCGUUCUCUUUGGUAUAUUAAUUUUUGCGGUUUUGUUUUUUAUAUUUUAUUUCAUUUUCAGACAUCAUGUAAAGCAUAUAAAAUUUAUGAACAGCAUGUGA